AUGGCGCCGAGCGUCCAGCCAGUGGUGGCAAGGAGAGCGCCAGGCAACGACGGCCGUGGCCGCGCCCAGCAAGACGCAAAAGGCAUAUGGUCGAAAGUCGCUGCUGCGAAGGCAGCGAAAGACGAUGAAGUCCGUACUCUCCUUCGAACGAAGCCGCGCGAUCGCGCGGGCGAGGUCCUGGCGGCCCAGACCGUGCACACCGCGCGCAAGUGGAGACCGGAAGGUGCCAAAUACUUUCCUUUGACGUACGGCGGAAACUUUAAGCCACCGGCUCGGGGCGAGGCGCAUCCGCAGAUGGCGGUGACAGCCAGCAGUUUCGCCUCCUCGGGAGCUACCAUGCCAAGUGAGUGCAAGUUGAAAGAGCUGUUGGACAAUUACCCGGACAAGGAAGUAAAGGCGGCGCCUGAGUCCGACGAGGAGUCAGAGGACCGUCUGGGGAUCAUCAAUGACAACAGCGCGGAGGACUUGGUCGAGGCCGUUUCGAACCUGUUCAUGCAGAUCCCUAUCGAGGCUUUCGGUGACAAUGGUCAAGGUGUGUCUCAACUUGCUCGAAAGCUCGCAGACGGUCACAAUGCCAACUUGAACAGAGAUUUCAGCCAGAAGUUCCUGCAGAUGUCGAAGAUCCAGGUGGAGGUGCAGCGGAGGAUGCGUGAGGCUCAGCUCUUCAUUGAGGAUAUGGAGGGCAUGGACAGCAGCAAGGAGGAGGUGCCAAAACGCCUGCAGCGUCGCAAGAGCUCCAUGCUGAACAACAAUAUGAUCAAGAUGAUCUCGAGCCAGCCGUCAGUGAAGUUCCAGAAAGCGCCCAGUGACGACAAGAGCCAGUCUGAGGCUGUGGCCAACCAGAUGCGAACCAUCCGCCGGAUGAUGAAUUCGCUGAACUGGCCAAACCUCCAGCACGAGUUCUCCAAGUGGGUGAAGAACUUCAUAGGUGUGGAGCAAAGCAUGCGCGAGUUCUUCCGUGUCUGUGAUGCCGAGAUGGACAGCGGAAAGGACGAGCAGGCCGAUGAUGAUCGAGACAACGUUUGCCUCGAGUUGACGGAGCAUGAGCUGAGGCUCACAGAGGGCCUGAGGAAUUACCAGACGCAGAUGCGAGCAACGCUAGAGGAGUUUUCUACACUUGCAACCAGCGAGUCCAUGAACAAGACGAACAGGAGGCUGGAUCUUGCUUUGCAGCGCAAGGCCAACGAGAAGCAAGCUCAGAUACGUCGAAUCUCCAUCCGUCGGCAGCUGACCAUGGGGGCUGGCGGCGCAUCCCCGCGCCUCUCUCGAAGCGCUUCGAGGCGCUCCUCCCGAACGUCUCAGCCAUCGCGGUCGGCUUCGCGCGUAACCUCUCGAGCUCCUUCCGCAGAGGCCUCCGAUGACAGCAACGGGGCCGCUUCCAGCAACGCUCAGCAGGUGGAAGAUCAGAGCCCCCGCUUCAGCAACGCCUCCGUCAACACCGAUGACGACUUGAAAGGAGAGUUCGACAUCGACACAUUCGAUGACGCAAGGUUUGGCCAUCUGAAGCGUAUUUUCCUCAACCACAAGUCCAAGAUCCAGGACCUCACCGGUGAGAUGAAGACCACCGACAGAAGCCUUGAGAAGGUCAUCAUGGAAUUGAAGGAGCAAGUGAAGCGCUUGAUCGAGCUCCAGGGUCUCUUCGAAAGCAAGACGAAGAAUCAACUUCGCCGCGGCUCCCUCUUCAUUCCGCGCAGGCGGGCGCUUGUGCUGAACCAGGAAGAGGCAGAAGCAAACAACUCGGAUGUGCUUGCCAACAGGAUCGUCGUUUUGCAGUCUGAGCGAGAGGAGUUGAUGAAGCAGAUCAAGGAGCUGGGGAAAGCUCUGGUUCCUGCGAAUCCACGACGUGGUGCCAUAGCCCCAGACGCUGCAGAGAUCAUGGAAGCCGUGACGAAGGUCCCAUCGUCCAGAAAGACCAGCGUGGAGGAGCCAGCAGCGAUUCCGGAGGAGCCCGUAGACAAGAAGCCCUCCAAAGGCGAAAAUGCCCUCGAAUCCAGGAUCAAGAAGCUCACCAAGGAGCUAGAGCAGAUCAAGGAGCAACUGACCCUCUCUGCCAGUCAAGUCAACGCCAAGGGUGCGCCCUUCAACCUCGGCAAGGCCGUCGCUUUUGAGAUGCAGCCGAAGGCCUUGCGGGGGCAAGGUUGUUGCAACCUGGGCUUCGAGCAGAAGUGA